AUGAGGCGGAACUUGGAAAUCUUUCAAAUCAUUAUUCCAGAGAAUUUCGCUUGCUUGAAAAAGGAUCUCAAGGAUACAAGCUCGCCCAACGAAGAAUAUUUACUGGCACCCCCACGUUUACCACGACUACCAGCACGAAAACAUCGAAGGGUCGACAUCGCCGAAGAGGUAGAGUUCAUAGAGCACUACAAGCCGGGCGGGUACCACCCCGUCGAACUUUUUGACGUCCUUGAUGGCAGAUUUGAAGUCAUUUCGAAACUGGGACAAGGCGGCAUUUCUACAGCUUGGCUGUGUUACGAGCUCAAGACGAAACAAUGGAAGGCGAUGAAGAUCAAUGCAGCAAGUCAUUCGUCCCCGAAAUGCUCAGACCUGAGAGUUUUGGAACUCUUCCGAGAACGCUUGGUUGAUUCUUCUGAGCUCAUGAAAAAUCACAUUUGUGUCGCUACCGAUACAUUCUGGAUCGACAGACCUAAUGGCCGACAUCUCUGCUCGGUGCUACCUGUGCUUGGGCCAACCUUGGAAGAUUUGAGACUGGAAUUAGCGACUCUGACGGAGUCUAAACGAAUAAAGAGUGCUUGCUCUCAGAUGGCGAAAGGACUCGACUUUCUUCAUCGCCACAGCGUCUGCCACGGCGGUUUCCGACCUCAGAAUGUGCUCAUGCAAUUGAAAGAAGGAGUAUUGAACCAAAUUAGCAAGGAGAAUAUGAUCGAACAGUUAAAAAAGAAAGAGUUAUGACUGUUGACGGACUCGCAACCAGCAACUGCCCGGCGUUUGUGGUCGCCCGGACACCCGCUGCCCAAUGGGAGAAGCGCCAUUAUCAUCGUGGUAUGGUUUCCUACCGACUCCCCAAGCUAAGCGAUAUAGUAGUCACGUCAGGAACCAACAAUUUGAUUGGUUCAGAUAUGGAGAAUCUUAACAUAGAAGCGUAUGUGUUUGGCAACAAUAAAAGACGAGAG